CGAAAGUUAUUUACGUCGUGACGUUCAAAGGACAGUCUAUUAAGGCGUCAUUUUGUAGUAGAAUGGGUUAGGGAUAAAUCAGUAAAGUCAUGGAGGCUAAAUUUGAUAUUGUGUCUUUACAAGUUUGAUCAGCUUGGAUUGCGAUUUUUUUGCAGACUUUACCGAUACUUGGCCUGUCUUCAAGUUUAAGUGGAACUCUGUCCCAGUCUGCUCCACCACCAGGAGAUUCUCCACGCUCCAAGAUGUCUUCACUAUGGAUGCCAGUGAAUACAACACAAGAAACUUGGAAAUAUCAUUCAGCAUUGAUGGUGCCUCCACAGCUGUGUAUCACACCAUCUGUGAGUUCAGGCUCAGCAACUUCACUCUUAUUUAGGUGAUUCAUGACAAGCCACGCUGUUAAAGCAUCCCAAGGAGAGAAGAACAUUUGAGGACAACCUUUUUGUAUUGCAGCCAGACACCAGGGGGCGAUAGAGACGUUUUCUACUGUCUUUGAUCCGGCACCAGUUACUGCUACUUACGUCAAAAGAAAAACAGUGCGUCAACGAGUACUUCCGGUGUCAUGACCUCUCCUCUCACGUGUGCACGGAGGAAAAGUAUAGAAGAAGCUGCUUCCGUAGAGCUGAAAUAAAUCCGCUCGUUGUUUCCUGCCCAGAACUAAAGAAAGAAGAGGAGUGUUUGAGCGCAGUAGGAAAAAAAAAAAAACCCUCUUUCGCCAUGGCUCUGUACCUGAAAGCAGCAGAGAUCAUGGAGAAGGUCGAGGGGAAACAGGGGGCUUUGAAAACUCUUGUUUACGACAGUCAAUUCAAGAACAUUAAGCAGCUGUUUGCUCUGGUUUGUGAGACCCAGAAGUUUUCCUCCAUCCUGCAGGAGAUCAUCGAGUCCACCAAGCUACUCAGGCAUACCAAGCUAAAGAUGCCCCUGGCUAAGGUGCUCGUGUACGACCUGCUGAUAGGCCAGGGGCUGAAGUGUGGCGGAUCCUGGAAGGCCAUGAUGAUGAAGCAUCGCUCCAGGCUGCAGGCGGAGUUGGCUCGCAUGAAAGUGAAGCAGAAGGUAAGCAGGAAUGAAGACCUGCUUCCUUGCAGUGUCAAACACCCUGCGGGGGACCAGCUGCCUAGAUAUGUACGUGUGAACACUCUGAAGACCACUGUGGAGGAUGUUGUGGACUACCUGAAGAGGGAUGGCUUCUCCUACCUGGGGAAGGCUUCCAGGCUGGAAGACUUAUCCCUGAAGGACAGAUACUUUUUGAGUGACCUGCACCUGCCAGAGCUGCUCGUCUUCUCUCCUAAAACUGACUUCCAUGACCACUUCCUGUACAAAGCAGGCCACAUAGUUCUGCAGGACAAAGCCAGCUGCCUCCCAGCUCAUCUCCUUAGUCCUUCACCUGGUAGCCACAUCAUUGAUGCUUGUGCCGCACCCGGCAACAAAACCAGCCAGCUGGCAGCCAUCAUGAAGAACAAGGGCAGGCUGUUUGCUUUUGAUUUGGAUGGAAAGCGCUUGGCCACCAUGUCAACUCUCCUGCUCCGUGCAGGGGUCACCUGUCAGCAGCUGGCCAACCAGGACUUCCUGAAGGUGGACCCCGACAACCCGCAGUAUAAGGAUGUUGAGUACAUCCUGCUCGAUCCCUCCUGCAGUGGUUCAGGUAUGGUGUGCCUCCAGGACAACACCUCUGCUGACCAGGAGAAGGAGCAAGCUCGUCUGGCUUCUUUGGCCUCCUUCCAGCUGCGCUGCCUUAACCACGCUCUCAGGUUUCCCAGACUGAAGCGCCUGGUUUACUCCACCUGCUCCAUCCACAAACAGGAGAACGAGGAAGUGGUAGCUGCCUGUCUGCAGCAGAACCCCGGCUUCAGACUGGUUCCUCUGUUGGCUGAGUGGCCUGAGCGAGGCCUGGAGCCCCUCCCACAGUGUCUGCGUGCCAGCACCGCCAAGACCCUCACGCACGGCUUCUUCGUGGCCCUGCUGGAGAAACACAGCGAGCCUGGAAAUACAAAGCAAGAACUGGUUGUUCAGAGAAGCGGCCCAGAGGUGAAACCACGCAAUCUGCCUUCCUCUGAGAAGAGACCUGCAGCUUCAGAAGAAGACUCUGAAGCUUCAGAGACAGAGGACAGACCAACACCUGUAGGAGGACAGACUGGCAGCAAACCCAACAAUAAGAAGAGGAGGAAGAGGAAGAAAAAAAAGAAGGGGGCAGAAACUGCAGAGUGAAAUUUAAAAUUGGACUGCUGCACAGUUCGUCUGGAUGAACAGUGCUGUUGAUUUCUAAUUGAGAUGUAACUGAAAAGUAAAGAUACUUUUUAUUUUUA